AUGGCCAUGCCCCCGAACAAGUCCGCUGUCACUGAGUUUCAGCUCCUAGGGUUCCGGAGCAUUCUUGAGUGGCAGACUCUGCUCUUUGCCAUUUUCCUGGCUGUCUACAUUCUCACCAUUGCAGGGAAUGUUGUUGUCAUCGCCGUGGUGAGCCAGCAGCAGCUGUUGCACUCACCGAUGUACUCCUUCCUCAAACACCUCUCCUCUCUGGAGAUCUGCUACACGUCCACCAUCGUGCCCCUUCUCCUCGCCAGCCUGCUCUCGGGGGGCCGGGCCGUCUCCUUCUCUGCCUGCAUGGCACAGCUCUACUUCUUUGUGUUCUUUGGGGCUACCGAGUGCUUCCUCCUGGCCAUGAUGGCCUGUGACCGCUAUCUGGCCAUCUGCCGCCCACUCCACUACCCUGUCCUCAUGAGCCCUGAGACCUGCACCAAGCUAGCGGCUGCCUCCUGGCUGAUGGGUGCUGGCACGGGCUUUCUGCCUUCCCUGAUGAUCUCCACAUUGGACUUCUGUGGCCCCAACCAGAUCAACCACUUCUUCUGUGACCUCCCCCCACUGAUGCAGCUGUCGUGCUCCAGUGUCCGUGUUGCCGAGCUGGCCAUCUUUGUCCUGUCCAUCACCGUCCUCUGCAUCUGCUUCUUCCUGACCCUCAUGUCCUACAUGCUCAUUGUGUCCUCCAUCCUGAGGAUCCCUUCAGCCUCUGGCCGGAUGAAGAGCUUCUCCACCUGCGGCUCCCACCUGGCUGUUGUCACCAUCUACUACGGCACCAUGAUCUCCAUGUAUGUGCGCCCCCAUGCCCAGCUGUCACCGGAAAUCAGCAAGAUCACUUCUGUCUUCUACACUGUGGUCACCCCGCUGCUGAACCCUGUUAUCUACAGCUUGAGGAACAAAGACGUCAAAGAGGCUGUUAGAAAAGCCGUGAGCAGGAAGUGUGGCAUAUACAGAGUUGGAGUGAGAGGAAGCUCCGUUGUUCGAUAA